UGACCACCACUGAGGAGCGGGACAGUGCGCGCUGCUCUUUCUUUUUGAAGAACCACUUGGGGAUUUCGGUGCAAGCCUGAAACUUGUGAGGGCGCGAGGACGACUUGUCGGGUCAUCAUGACAUCUUUCAUGAACUCUGUGUGCCUCCUCUUCUUGUCUGUUGCUCUGCUCCUGAUGCCGAGCCCAUGCCCUGUUGCUGCAUCUACAGCGAGAAGGUGUCACUCCAUCUAUAAGGGUUUCGCUCAGUGUCUGAUGGCUCUGGGCGACAGUCUAACGGACAACGCCCGCAAGGAUGAAGACACACACGAGAUACACUCCAUCUGCAGGUCGUGGGAUGAGUUCCAUGACUGUGCCAACAAGGCGAUGAACGGCUGUCCACAUGAAGCGGCAGCUGUCUGGGAAUCUCUCCGCCAGGAAUCCAAGAAGAUGCAGUUCUCCGGAAACCUGUACGACAUGUGCUCCAACCGCAACGUCCACCCAGUGGCCUCAGUCUCCCCACACGACUCGCCCAAUAAGGAAGAGAUCAACCAGGAGUCUCUAAGAGGGUGCGCUGAUCAUCUGGCAGGCUGCCUCCACCUUCUCGUGCUACUGUCUCCUCUGCUGCUGCUGUUGUUUUGGAUAUAGCUACCUAAAAGAAAUGAGACUAGUGUGAAUAGAUAUAAACUUUGUGUAUUUUUUCUUCCACAAGUCCAUAGACGUUUUUUUUCCCUCUGCUCUGCCAGGGGUUGAAUAUUUCUAACUGCAUGUUCAGAGGCGCAACAGUCUUUUUGAUAAUGUAUCUUUAAACUGCCUGUGCUGUCAUGCAUAUUCUCUGCCUUUUGAUUGGAAACACACAACAUGCAUACAGAGAUGCACAGCCACUGUAAAAACAGACCUGAAAACAUACAUAGUUAAACAGACACACACAGCAGCCUCAUGUCAUCUCUCUUUAUCGCCUAUCCCCCUACAUCUAGUUUAUCUAGUUUGUAUGAGCUUGUAUAUGACGGUUCCAGGGUGAGUUUAUCUUCCUCAGUGUAAUAAGAGGGACAAUAACGCCAUACUAAGUGAUGAAGAGGCUCGAUGUCACAGCAAGCUAAACUCAUUAUUCAGCUUUACAGUAUGAAGUAUUUGAUAAUUAUGUAAAUCUAAAAUACUUGGCUUGCUUCCGUACCAACGACGCAGUUUGACUCAAGUGCUGUGAGAAGUCGAGAAGUCUUUCUCUUCUGGUCACUGAACACUGCCGAUGUCGAAGCCCCCGUUUCUGUGACCAACAACAUUGACAAGAUAAAAAUGAGGAGAAACCUAAAUAACAUUUUUUAUUUGUUGGUUCAUUUUGUGGAUUCCUUUACAGAUCUUUUUUUAGUCAUGUUUUAGUUGACUCCAGGCAUUUUAGUAAAAAAAGAUUUUAAAAAGUGACAUUUCGGUUUUCAUCAAAAACGUUCCAAACGCCACAAAAAGCUUGGUUUUCAUCAAAAAAAUGUUAUCUAGUUUAGCCAUAAUAUCGCAUUGUUUCUUUCUCCUAA